AUGCCUCUCAAGGCCACCAAUAAGCGCGAGCAAGUUAGUCCGACGUGUAUAAUUCUUACGCUGCGGCCGAAGGCCGCGAGGAGUGUUGAGUGCGAGGAUCCGUAUGGGGAGGUUUGGGGGAGGGGGACGUGGAGCGUGGAGGUUAAGCAGCCGGAGCUGCAGAUUGCGAGGGCGUAUACGCCGUUGCCGCCAGGCGUUGGAGGUGGAGGUCUAGGGAGUGAUUUGAGGUUUUUGAUUCGUAGAGAGGAGAGGGGGGAGGUGUCGCGGUAUUUGCAUAGCCUGCAGGAGGGCGCGCAGGUUGAUUUAAGGGGGCCCAAGGUAGAAGUUGAGUUGCCGGCUGAGGUGUCGGAUGUGGUGUUCUUGGCUGGGGGCACGGGCAUUGCGCCUGCGCUGCAGGUUGUGUAUACGUUGCUGGAGAAGAGAAAGGGGGGUGGCGAUAGGGAUAGGCUGCCUAAGAUCCGCAUUGUAUGGGCGAACCGGAAACGGGAGGAUUGUGUAGGUGGUUAUGGCGGAGAUCAUAAUCCUCCUACAGGCACUGGGAACGGGAAUGCUGCCCUUGGUUAUAUAGUCCGGGAGCUCCAAAGCCUGCAGGAGAAAUACCCGGAUAGCCUCCAAGUGCAGUAUGUGGUUGAUGAAGAAGGCACAAUGUUGGACCAGAAACGAAUACCACCGCUACUUAACACGCCACAAUCUGACGCUAAAACCGUCAAGUACUCACCCGUAACAACGCGUAUCGACUCGAAGCUACUGUUUGUAUCUGGCCCCGAGGGCUUCGUGGACUACCUUGCCGGUCCCAAGAAAUGGGAGGGCGGAAAGGAAGGGCAGGGUGAACUUGGGGGCGUUCUACGACGGAUGGGGAUUCGGGACUGGAAGGUCUGGAAGCUAUGA